AUGCCGCUGUGGAAAGGCCAACCAUACGCCCCUGGCCCACCGUCGCUGAACCUGUCUAGCGACGUCCGAGUCUUGCUCAUCCGCUUCACUGGGGAAAUAUUCACUGAGUUUGAGGACUACACCAAGAAGCUCUCCCAGUAUCGAAAGAGGCUCUGGAGUUGUCAGGAGACAGGAAAAGCGGGCUUGACCUACGAGGAGGCUCUCUUGAGCGAGGCAAGAGCCAAAGGCGAUAUCCAUGAGGUCCCAGAGUGCUAUGAGGAGCACCUGCUGCGCUUUGUGCACCAUGCCACCGGCAAGCUGGAGGACGUGGCCGCACAGGCAGUGGCAGAGUUUCAGGACCGCAUCAUUGUUGGAGAAGAAGUCUCGGCCAGGCUCGGCGAGGCCGAUCGGCCAUGCUCCGUGCUAUCCAUCACCUCUGUUGACCACGGGACUUUUGAUGGAGAGGCGGCAGCAGAGCCGGAGCAGAUCUUGGAGGUGGCAUGGCUUGAUGGCGCCCCGGUCUCAGAGGGCGUCGCGCGCGUCCACCGGGACCAGGUCAGCCGCCGGCGGCCGCCGCUGACUCAGCCGCUCGUCGCCGCCUGGAUCCAGGAGAACGCCCACGCGCAGCCCGUGCAGGGUGUCAAGGAGAUGCCAUGCAUCUGGCAUGCAAACCAGGACAUCCAGGAGCAAUAUGGGCUACCCACUGACCUGCCCAAGGAUCUGGUGAGGCAACUUAAAGCUGCGCAAAAAGCAGCGGAGGAGAAGCCGAAGCCGCCACCGAGAAAGCCGGCUGAGCCGAGGAAGCCGCGCAAGGCCGCGCAGGGAGUCGACCCGGAAGCCGCGCUCUCCAUCAAGACCGAGGCAGCGGCGAUCGCCGCGGCUGCCUUCGCGGAUGUGGCGGCUGCGCAGCAGAAUGCGGAGCCGCUGCCAAAUCAGUCGCUGCCAGAGGGUGGGCAGCCGGGCAGGCGCCAGCCAGGCAGCGGCGCCAAGCGCAAGGCGGCGGCUGCCGGCAAGCCGCCGCGCGAGCCAAAGCCGCCGAAACCGCCGAAGCCGCCGGCUGAGCCGCGCAAGCCCAAGAAGCCGCCGCCGGCCGAGCUGGACCCCGAGGCCGCGCUGUCGAUCAAGGCGGAGGCUGCCGCCAUCGCCGCGGCGGUGUUUGCCGAGGCGGCCGCCCGGGAACAGCCUGCAGAGCCGGAUGAGCCCGCGCCAAAGAAGAGGCGGCGGUCGUCAGGGCCGAAGGCGGCGCCGAAGCAGCCGCAGGCGCCGGAGGAUUCGCCCCGGCCCGGGAAGGCAUCGCCGCGCGGCGCGGCCGACCGCGGCGGUAACGCGCCUGUGGACAUUGCCUCGCUGAGUGCGGAGGAGCUCGAGAAGAUCCCCGGGCUCAAGUGUGAGAGCCUCGAGGAGACCGAGCAGCGCAUCGCCAGCGGCACCGUGAAGCGCGCCAUAUUAGAGGCGCUGAAGGCGGCAGGAAGGGAGGGGUUAGACACAGGCGCACUGGUGGAGGCGGUGACGGCGGCCGGGGUGAAGUCGUGGGAAGACGCGCGCAUCGCCAAGAGCAGCGUGGCUUCCAGUUGCACCCAUGACCCCGCCUUUGCGCGGCUGCAGAAGGGGCGGUUUGCGCUGCGCACGCUGCGGCCCGACCUCGAGGAGGCAACGGUCAAAGCCAUCUUGCAGAGGGCGGCGAACCGGCAGGGCGGCCUGGCGGCUGCGGCGGCUGCGCGCAACGCCCCGGGAGAGAUGUCCGCGCCCCAGAACAACGAUUACCACAAGAACAGCUUCAAAUGCUCCAAGUGUCACAGGACGCACCACCUGGCGGGGUCGCCGAUGCUGCUGUGCGACGGCUGCCCGCGCGGAUUUCACAUGGCCUGCCUGGAGAUCGACUACGAGCAGCUGCCAGUCGGCGACUGGGCCUGCCCCAAAUGCGCCUUGGGCGAAGCCAAGGCCGCCAAGCGCGAGGCGCGCACUGCCAACGCGCCAAUGCGCGCCAGGGAGAGGGGGCCGCUGAGCGAAAAAGAGAAGGAGGAGAGGAAGCUGAAGCGUGCUUUGGAGAAGGCGGAGAGGCAGCUGGCCAAGCACCAGCAGAGGGAGGACAAGGAAUUACUGAAGCUGGCCGAGCGCGAAGCACGCUCCAUCGUCAAGGCCGCCUCUCCUCGCAACGCCUCCAAACUGCCCGCCGACGACCUCCAGGUGCUGGAGGAGGAGAAGGAGAACCUGAGGAAGCUGGAGGAGCGGGCGCAGAACAUCGCCUUGGAAGCUGCGCACGCCGCCGAGGUGGAGGUGUCAUUGGCCAAUGCAGAGGGCGUUCUGGGGGUGGAGGGCGCAGUGGCGGCUGCGACAGCGCUGAGGGAGCGGCAGAAGGACGCCGAUGAGAAGCUGGCGCGCCUGCGCAAGGCCAUCGAGGGACCACCUGAACUGGAGGUGAUAGUGCGCAGCCCUUCGGCGCACGCGUCGCUGAUGGACGCUCUGGCGAUCUCAGAGUUUCUGGCGGCGUUUGGCGUGUUGUGCGAGGCGGCCGUGCUGGGCCUUGCGGACAUCCAGAGGGCCGUCGCGCGGCCGCUGGUCUCCUCAGUGCUCGCCAAGGCCUACAUGUCCCUGCUGCGCUGCGUGCUGCUGGAAAAGGUCGGGCAGGACGGGUUGAUGCGUAGCCGAGCGCGGCGAUGGGCGCGCGUCGUGGACGAAGCCACAUGGCCGGAGGUGCUGAGGCGCUACCUGCUGGCAACGCGCGCGACGCUGCCGCAGCCGGGCGCUGAUGACCUCAGCGCCGACCCCGCCAUGCUGGACGAUGACGUCAUCGCAGUCUGCGCCGCCGAGCUUCUCUCUGAACGGCCCUACCACAGGCUCGAGCCCCCCCUGCACCUGCGGCUGCUGACAACACUAUGCAACGACGUGGUGAACGGCGUCGCGCUCAGGGCCGAGUUUGCAGCGCGCAUCGAGGAGGCGGCCCAGAUGCAGACGCAGCACCGGCAGCUUCUCAUCGAGGAGAAGAAGGAGAAGCAGAGGCAGGACGCUGCGGAUGCGGAAGCGAAGGCAGCCAAGGAGGCAGAGGCAGCCGCAGCCAAUCCGGCGCAGCCAAAUUCGGCAGCGCCAUCGGACGCCCUACCUGCGACCGACGCCCCGGGGCAGGCAGAGAAGCCGGCAGAGGACGCCAAUUCUGGCGAGGGGGAAGAUGCGUCGGCGGAGGAGAGGGAGCGAGAAGAGGCGCGUCAGCAGCGAGAGGCGGAAUUCGAUGAGCAGCUGCGGGCUAGGGCGGUGCGCGCGGAUCUGCUCGGCCAGGACCGGCACUUCCGGCGCUACUGGUGGCUGCAGGGAGAGCAAGGCAUGCUGUGGGUCGAGGCGGCGGACGGCGGCGCGAUGAGCAUGCUAAGCGAGCCUGCCCAGCUGGAGGCGUUGAUGGAGGGCCUGAACCGAAGGGGGAUUCGCGAGCGCGGCCUGCUGAAUGCCCUCAAGCGCCGCCAGCCGCAGAUCUCCGCCGCGCUAUCCGCGCAGCCGCCGCAGUUCACCGCUGACCUCGCCGACAUCAGCAGGGUCGAUGGCGCACGGCGCGAGAAAUUGGAGGCCAAGGCAACGGCCGCGGCGCUGCGAUCGGCGGCGUCGCAGGCUGAAUUACUCAUCGAUGAGGUGGCGGCACAGAAGGGAACACUCGCAGACACGCCCGCGCAGUGGCGCGCGCGUCUGCGGGGUGUUGCCUCCGUCGGUAACCUCAUCUCCGGGCUACGCGACCUGGAGACGCAGCUCAACGUGCUCGGCGAUGGCCUGCCCAAAGGUGCCAAGGACGAGCAAUUGCAGCCGCUGCUGCAGAAUGGGCAGCGCGCCACGACGCCGGCCGUGCCCGAGGUGCUGCCCAACGGGGACCAUGCCGGGCAGGAGGGCAGCCCAGACGGCGCCGAUCAUCCCCGCAGCAACGGCGGAUCUGCCGAGCCCCUUGCCAGAGCAGCAAGCGAGGGUGAGUCAGUGGAGGGGGCUGCCCGCAGCAGCGCGGACGGGCAGCCGGUGGGCAGCAGCCGCGGCCCCUCACAGGAGGCCUCGCAGGAGCUCGAGGCCGGCGAAGAGGGGCCUGGGGCCUUUGCGCGGCCGCGGCGGCCCAAGUAUGUCACCCCUGUGGACGAGCUGGAUGAAUCAGACGCUGAGGCUGCGCAGAGGGACAGCAGGAGGAUAGGGCUGUGGCGCAGCGCUAGGGAGCGGGCAGUGUGGCUGCUGGAUAUGCAGAGAGCCGAAGCUUCCAGCUCCAUCGCAGCUGCUGCCUAUGCUGCUGUUGUCCUUCGUGACCGGAUGCAGCCGCUGCUGCACCGCAUGGCGAAGCGGCUGGUGCGGGCGGCGCGGAUGGCCGAGAGGGCCGCGGCAGACAUGGGCAAUGACGCGGCGAUGACUGAUUCCGACGCUGAAUCAGACGAUGACCGGCCGCUGCUGCCACGGGCGCCGCCGGCCGAAAAGCCGCCGCCCGCUCCGCCAGCUGCCGAGAAGCCGACAAAGCUGAAAAUCAAGCUGAAGGUUGGCGGGGUGGCUGUUGGGGGUGACAAAGAGAAGAAAAAGAAGAAGAAGAAUGAUGCAAAUGCGGAAGCUGAGCGGCCACCCAGCCCCCGGCCGGCAGCCGAGCGCUUUGAGGACGAAGAUGAUGACCGCUGGGGCUCCGAGUGCUCCAAGUGCGGCCACGACGGAGACCUGCUCUGCUGCGAGGCGAAGGGCUGUCGCAUAGUCAUGCACCCGUCCUGUGCGGGUCUGGCAGCCAUCCCAGAGGGUGACUGGUACUGCCCGAACCACAAAGCCGCAGCGGCCGCUGCGGCCGCCAAAGCCAAGGCGGCAAAGGCCGAGAAGACCGCAGCGGCGCCGAAAAAGAAGAAGGUGCUGAAGAAGCUGAAGGUGCUGAAGAAGCUGAAGGACCUGGAGGCAGGGAACGCCUCAGCAGACGCGAAGAAUGCCUCAGCAGGAGCAAAGCCUAAUAAGCAGAAAACCGGCGGCACGGAUGCGGAAGGAGGCAACGCGGCUGCAGACGGGAAGGCCAAGCAGAAAGCCGGCGGCAAGAAGCGUGAGCGCGCAGAGAGCACUGCUGACCAGACAGGAGAGAAAAAGAAGGCGACAAAGACAGGCACCGGGUUGAAGCUAACAUUUAAGAAGAGCAAGGCGGCUGCUAACUGA